UAGCAGUUUCAGUCAUUGUGGCCUGCUUGCAGAAGUAUAUAUCUUCCGUUGCUGUUAUUACAAUAUAUUUUAUUUAUUUGUUUCAGCGCCAACGUCGGCUGAACUAGAAGACCUAAAUUUUACACUAACGGAUAUUGAUCUUACCGAGAAAGGGUUAAUUGACGAGCAUUACGGUUGUCCGAACCAGCCAAAUCAGAAUGACUUCCGCAAAGAGCUAGCGGUGAUACAGCCUGGACCGACCAGAACGCAAACGUCCCGCGCUGAAAGAUUGUGUCCGAAGCCAAUCAACCCGAGUGUGUUCCACGGAGAGCUAGCGGUGAUACAGCCUGGACCGAGCAGAACGCAAACGCCCAGUGAAGCAAGAUUGUGUUCGAAGCCAGUCAAGCCGAGUGUGUUUCACAAAGAGCUAGCGGUGAUACAGCCUGGACCGAGCAGACCACAUACGGAAAGGAAGAUUGAGUUUAGCUAAAAGGAGGCUCCCAGCAGAAAUAGCUGCUCAGAACACAUCAACACUGAAGCGGCAGAGGACUGAAGAACAUAACGGGUCAGUUGUUGUAAUAAGUUCUCCAGAGACAUCAGAGCAACACGUUCGCUUCCCAGAGGAAGCUCCCCGCCUCACCACGUCACACGGCCUCCCUCGAAACGUUAAUCAGGGGACAACGCUUCCUGCAGCACUAACAACCCACCGUGACAUUGUUGCUCAAGCACUCUUUACGGCAGGAAUACAGCCUCAUCCCGAUACAUUUGGCCAGACGGACGGCUGUCUCUCCCUGCUUACUAUUUCUACAUUAACAAUUCAGUCUGUACACGAGAAUAUUGACACCGAGCUAGCAGCAGCAGCAGCAGAAGCAGAAGCAGCAGCAGAAGCAGAAGCAGCAGCAGCACAUGAUCGGUCUCGUCCUGCCUCAUCUGCUCAGCACCCUGUAGCAUCAGUCAUCCGCCGUGACGCAGGAAAACACAAGAAGAGGCGUAGUCUCAGAAGCCUGUGUUCGUCAGUCCUGAGAGUUCAGCAAAACUUCAACCGCCGCUGCAUGGACAGUAAAGCAUAUGCCAGUUUCUACGGGACGUCAAGCUACCCUCUACCGCCGGAAAGCUGCUGCGCUUCUGAAUUACUGCGAGACUCUGAUGAUUGAGCUGGUUGACCCGUCGAUGCCAGUAGCGUUAACCAGCUAAGUUGUGACUUCUGUUAAAAAAAUAAAAUAAAAAUGGAAAGUCAACAAAUCAGAGAUGCUCUGGAUGGAAUUGUUGAGGCUGUAAAUGAACUCCGGAAUCUCCCUGUUCAGCAUGCAACCGAAUCUGUAAAUCUUACCCCAGGAUCUCCUGUCAGACUUCAGGGGCAGACUGAUCCAGAUUGGGAUUUUGAGCGGUUUCUAUGGUUAGAACAAACCGUUGGCGAGCUAAAUGAUUCUUUCUCUCAAUCAAUCACGUCUUUAAAUGACUCGCUAGAAUUUCAACGAGUUACAAAUGUUUUAAAUGAAAUCACACAAAUGGUCAACGACCUUCAGAAUAUACCCGUUCAGCAUGGGGUGGGGGUUGCUGAUUUAAACCGGGGUAAUUCACCAGAUAGACAGCAGGGUCAUACGCACUCGGGUUCGAAUUAUGAGCGUUUAUCAUCACUAGAACAAGCUAUCCAUCAAUUAAAUGUUUCUGUCUCUCAAACAUUUACCUCCAAUCCUACAAGCCGUCAGUUCCCGCAGCAGCAGCAAGAGGGUCAUUUAAAUCAAAGUGUAGUCGAAAGAGGUGAACAUGAUCGGUCUGGUUCUUCGCAUACUGUUUUGCAGAAUCCCUCAUCCAGUUCCCCUCAACAGCCAUGCUCGAGCGCACCUGUCGUUCCCACGUCCAACCCGGAGGAUCAGCCAAGCACGAGUCAGUCUCAGCCGGCUGUUAACCCUUGCAUUGAACGUGAGCGAUUUAAUGUAACAGAAAUAAGACGUCCUUUCAGCGUGACAGCUUCACGACCCGGUGAAAUUCCUAACUUCGCCGAAUUUUACACACAGGUUUAUCAUCUUCUCACAGAGCUGGCGGACUCUGUUACACAUUCAGCAUCACGCAAUGAUGUUAUACAACUUGAAUUAAGCGGGGAAGGGUUUUCCCGCCAUACAGUGGUUCAGGUAAAUGAUGACGGUGAUUCAGUUCUGCCUGCAUUUCUGGAAUUUUUAGAUGAGUUAACACAGUCUAAUGAAGAAUUGCCAGGACCUGAAAACUUGGAAAUAGUACUUCAGAUUGUACGAAACCCUCACGGUGGUGCGAAACGUAAGGCGACAAACACGUUGGACUGUGAGCUGAUUCAUAAAAAACGACGUCACCUCUAUAUUGUUGAAAAUGCUUCUAAUCAGCUCUGCUUUGCUGCCAGUCUAGAACAUCUUUGUAACCCUGCUUUUACAGACGCCCAAGCCAUGCAUCAAGCCUCACUGUGGCAACGGACAGCCGGCCUCACUGAGCAAACUCCUGUGACUUUCAGCGAUGUGCAUAAAUUUGAAGAGAUAGUCAAAAGGAAAAUUGUUGUUUUCUUUAAAGACGACAAGGAGGCAGUGCUUCGUAAAUUUCAGACAGGCUUUUUAGAUUGUUCAAACCCCCUUUUCCUGCUUUUGUUCAAAAGUCAUUAUUAUGGAAUAAAGAGUCUCACAGGUUUCACAGGCUCGAGGCACAUUUGUGGCUACUGCUUUAGCGGUUACGACAACAUUGGCACGCAUAGCUGUAAGGGUCACUGCUCGGUAUGCCUCGACUCAAAUUGUACUCUCCAGCAAUACAGCCCUGUGCAGUGCAUAGAUUGUAAACGAAUCUGUCGUAAUUCCAUCUGCUUAGCUAAACACAGAGAACCCACACUGAGACCGAAACUUGGGAAGCUCGUAAGUAACUGUGACACGACAAAGUUCUGCCCUGUGUGUAAACAGCUUUAUUUUGUAGCCGCAGGUGGACAGAGCAAGCCCCACGAUUGUUCAACAAAGUGCACGGUCUGUCGUCAGAAAGUGCCUCACGGUGCAGAUGUCACGUUAAACGAUCAUCUGUGCUAUAUUCAACCGACCCUGACUGAUGCGCAACUCUGCGAUAAGCUAGUUUUUUAUGAUUUUGAAACUUUUACAGAUCAAACUGGAAAGCACAUCCCGUAUCUUGUAAGCACAAAAACUUUGGCUGGGGAUGUUUGGUGUUCUUAUGGUUUGAACUGCGUCAGGGAUUUUCUGCUUCACUUUAGAAAACCUCGUUUCAGAGGUCAUUCUUUUCUAGCCCACAACAGUCGCGGGUUUGACUCAUACUUGAUUCUAAGUGAGAUGGUUAAGCUAGGCAUCAAACCGUUCUUGAUCACACAGGGGAGUAAAAUCCUUUGUUUUACUGAGCCUGAUUACAGUCUCAAAUUCAUUGACAGUCUCUCGUUCCUUACAAUGAAACUCAGUCAAAUGCCAAAAGCGUUAGGUUUAAGUUAGGGGUUUUUCCCUCACUUGUUCUCCUCUGAGAAGACAUUGAACUACAUCGGCCCGCUUCCUCCACCCAGCUUCUACACUGUGGAGCAUAUGAGCCCUGCUGAGCAGGAGCGUUUUUCCAUUUGGUACAACGAGGCCUGUAAGCAUCCCUUUGACUUUCAAAAAGAAGCUCUUUAUUAUUGUCAGAAUGAUGUGGAAAUUCUCUUCAGGGCUUGUGUGAAAUUCAGAGAAGAGUUCUUUAAAGAGACAAAUGUCGAUCCUUUUAAAAGCAUCACGAUAGCAGCAGCCUGUAUGAAUGUUUUCACAGCAAAUUUCCUUCCGCCUAACAUACUAGCCAUACCUUCCCCGGUGGAUUAUCGGCGUCAGUGCAAGACUUUUUCUGACGCCUCCAUUCAAUGGCUGGAGUGGGUAGCUGCUGAACGGGGCAUUUUCAUUCAACAUGCUCUUAAUAGAGGUGAAAUGAAACUGGGGCCUUAUUAUGUGGAAGGAUACGCGGAGGUCCAAGGCGUCCGAACUGUAUUUGAGUUCAAUGGCUGCUUUUACCAUGGUUGUCCUGCAUGCUUUCCGGCCGACCAGACGUGCCCGCUCAGAGGAGUCUGCUAUGAAAGGUUCCAUGCAGCUACCAUCGCGAGAGCCAGGGUAUUGCAGUCGGUUUACGGGGUGCGCCUGGAGGUUAUGUGGGAGCAUAGCUGGGAUUUAAUGAAGGCGUCACACUCUGGUCUCAAAAGGUUUCUGGACUGUUUCAACGCCCCGGCACCUCUUUGCCCGCGGGACGCUCUGUUUGGGGGGAGAACCAGUGCCCUCAGGCUGAGGUACACUGCAGGGGUCGAAGAAUCGGUGCAUUAUGUAAACUUCACGUCUCUGUAUCCUUUUGUGAAUGCUAGCUGCAGCUAUCCACUAGGCCAUCCCGAAAUCAUAUGCAAAGAUUUCGACGAUCCCCGUAGCUACUUUGGACUUAUCAGAGCGACCGUGUAACCGCCUCGUGGUCUGUUUUUUCCCGUUUUGCCGUACAGGACCUCUACCGGUAAACUGGUGUUCACACUGUGCCGGGCUUGCGCUGAGUUGAACUACCAGACGGGCCCUUGUACCCCCUCUGACCAAGAGAGAGCGCUAACAGGUGUAUGGGGUAAGCAGGAGGCUUCAGGUUUUCCGGCUGAAGCUACGGACGAGGAAAGUCGUUUGAAAUAUGCGGCAGACUACAAACGUGAGCAAGGCAUCCAGCUAGAUGUACGGAAGAUUGAGGUCGUGAGAGCUGCAUUAACCCCAGUGGCUGAUAAAAUCCUGCACCAGUUCCAGCCAGGACAGUGGGUGCUGAUCCGAGACACCAGAAGGAGCCACUGGAGAGACAAGCGUUGGACUGGUCCGUUCCAGAUCCUGCUGGUGACCCACACUGCCAUGAAGGUCCAAGGAAGGAACACCUGGAUCCAUGCCACACAAUGCAAAGCGUUCAAAGGAACACCACCUGAGCAGCAUCUGGAUCCAAACCCUCUGCCUACAAAGGGUUCCAACGACCGCCCACCUGUACCAGGCCGGUAACAGGGCAGCGUGAAGCGCAGAGCCACUCUGGAGAGGCAGCAGGAUUUUUAUUUAGUUUUUCGUUUCUGUUUAAAAAAAAAAAAAAAAA